AUGGCAAGUGGUCGUCGCACUGGUCGUGGGGGAGGGAAGACAAUGGGUGUUAUUCAGGCUCCGGGUGACUCUACUCCUCCGCCGAGUACUGAGCAUUCUCCUGAGAAGAGUCCGCUGGUCUCCGCGCAAGCGUCGCCAGUGGCUCCUCCGAAAGGCUCUAUUGAGAGCGAUGUUGCGAAGACCUCUUUGCAGGAGCGCUUAUCUGCACUUAAGGUCAACGGGCUGAAGGACAAAGCGGUGGAGAGUGAUGUCGUUCUGCCUUCGCAGCCUGGCAUGGUGUCGGCAGAAGGCUCGGAUCCGGCUCUAGCGGCUCCAGUGGUGUCUGCAAAAGGCAAGCAGGAGGCUGCGGAGGAAGAAUGGUGGGACAGUGAUGAUGAGGAUGACUUUGACCCUGUCGCGAUUAACGCUCUAUCGGCCCAGAUCAGUUUCUCGAUUACGCUGCUGGUCCCUAUCGAGUGGGAAGCGGAGGUUCCUAAGCUGAAAGCCACGGUCGUUGCUCACCUCGAUUUCUGGAAGGCGUCGCUGACGGCGGAUGCGCAGACAACAACGCAGUAUCAGGUUCUGUUGCCCGCGUUUUUGUCGAAGAAGAAGUAUCAUCGGCUACAGGUCACUUUUCAGCAAGCGCGUGAUGCGGAGUUUGCCUGGAUGUGGACGAUUGAACAUGAUCUCGGGAAGGGUGCUACUCUCAAGCUCGACUGGCAGCACCCUGAGAACGCGGCCUACAAGCAGGAGCGCAGGCUGAAUCCGGGAGCGGUUGAGGUGGUCCUGAAAUCGCUGGAACUGCUUCUCAUAGCUGCGUACCUGCCGGCACAGCCAGAAAACAGAGCACCUUUUUACAGAGACUGUCUGGGACCGUUUCUGAGCGGCCUUCCGGACCUGAAGAACGUUCUGGUGAUGGGGGAUUUCAACGUUGUAGAGGAUUCAGAGAUCGACAAGUCCACUGUCUUGGGUUCAGCGGCGGAAAAUCGGCGGCUGAUGAGUUUUUGGGCACGCACUCCUCUCACGGACGUUUUCCGCUAUGUGCAUCCUGGGAAAAGGGAGUACACUUUCCACGCAAAAGGUCAAGGGGUGAGCACCAGAAUCGACCGUGCGCUGCUCUCGCAGCCUCUGCUGUGCAAACUAGUGGACGCUCGUCAUAAAGCAAUAACGAAAAAGAUGACUGAUCAUUGGAAUGCGGUAAUGGCUGCUCUGGAGUUUUCAACGGCUGGGAAAAAAGGGCUCGGGAUCUGGAGACUGAGGGCUGCGCAGGCAAAGACGAAGGGCGUCAGGGAGAGGGUGAAGAAGGUGCUACGUGACACUGGUGGUGACUUGGCAGAAGUACUCCCGAGGUUGUCGUCCUGUCUGAGGGCUUACUCGCGGGAAGAAAGGAAGCGGGUUAAGGAGGUGGAGGUGUUCCGCAGCAGACUGUCACAGAAGCCGAGGUGUCAGCGCACAGGGGCGAUUCUGCUCAAGAAGGAAGAGCUGCUGAACGCGUAUGAGAAGUACCACAUGGAGAACCUGCAGGCGUGGGCUGGUAUCAAAUCGGAAUUAGAUGGGGAAGCGACGUCAAGCUUCCUGUCUGGGAAGGUUAAGACACGAAAGGCGAAAACGGAGGUUCACGAGGUUAAGCUUAAGGGGAAAGUUUUUACCGGAGCAAGAGAAAUUCUGGUGGCGGCGACGGAGUUUUUUCAAGACUCCUUUGGCGGUGACGACAUUUCAGACGGUGGGGUCGUGGAGUCUGAACCGCUGGGCCGUACCAUCAGCGAGGCAAGCAAGGAAGCCCUCAGUGCACCGUGGUCAGAGGAGGAGGUGCGGACGGCGGUGCGUGAACUGGCCUCAGGGAAAUCACCAGGGCAGGAUGGCCUGCCUAAGGAGCUGUUCGAACACAACUGGGACCUGCUGGGCCCGGUCUUGAUGCAGUUCGCUACCGACUUCACCCGAACUCUAAAACUUCCCAGCAGCGUCUCAACUGCAGUCACGAUCCUGCUGCACAAAAAGGGGAGCAAGGAGGACUUGGGGAAUUAUAGGCCAAUAACACUGCUCAGCACAGUCUACAAAAUCUUAGCGAAGGUUCUUGCGACGAGGCUGAAGAAAGUGUUACACGAAGUAAUCUCGGAGGACCAGGUCGGCUUCUUACCGGGGCGGAAGCUGGCGGAUGCAGUCACGGUUGUAGCAGAUGCCAUCGAAGCAGGCGUCAGCGGCAGGGAGGACUGGUAUUUACUAAUGAUUGACUUCCGUAAGGCCUUCGACUCCAUAUCGCGGCCUUUUCUUUUCCGCACGCUGAGAAGAAUGGGUAUCCCGGAGGAAUUUGUCUCCUGGGCGGAGGGACUGCACAGGGAGACAGGCACACGGGUUCACGUGAACGGCUGGACUGGUGAUAUGGUUGCGGUAAAAAAAGGGGUGCGGCAAGGGUGUCCUUUGGCCCCAUUCCUCUUUCUCUGCGCGGUGAAGCCGCUAUGUCAGGAGCUGACGAAGUGCAAGCUGGGAAUCGGUCGGAGAGGCAUCGGCAAACUGGCUUACCUGGGGUAUGCAGACGACACGUCGCUGCUUCUGCGAGGUGCGGAGCAGGUGUCGGUAGCGGCAGGAGUCCUGGACGAGUUUGGCGAGAAAUCGGGCUUACAAGUAAACCGAGACAAGACGGUGUUGUUUCCCUUGGGGAAGAACAGAGGAAAGCCGCCGCCGCCGGACCUGCAGUAUAAGUGGGCUGAUAAAGGGGAGCCGGAGCGUCUCUUAGGCGUAUGGAUAACACCGAACGGAGACCCACUGCCGUCCUGGGAGAAAGCAUUGGACAGGGCAAGGAAGGAGUUAGCAAAAUGGGAAGUGCAGCAUUUGACAACAUCUGCGAGGGUCACGAUUGUGAAUGGUUACAUCACACCGAUUUUCUUGUUCCAGGCGUAUAUCUACCCGCCCCCGAAGGAGAUUUGGACGAAAAUCCAGAGGAUCUGCCACAGAUUUGUGUCAGGGGGGCAAGCAACGGACGAGAAAGUCUUCAUACUUUGGAAUUACGAGCUGAUGUGCACACCCAGGGAAGAGGGGGGACUGGGACUGAUUUGCCCCAAAAAGAGGUUCGACAGCGUGGCGAUCCAGAACAUCGGGCGGAUGAUGCUGCAGGACAACCCGGUCAAGAAGUGGUUGACCGAAUGCGCAGCCGCGAUGCCUCAAGGCGAGGACACGAUUUUCACACACAAGUCCCUGAUCAAGCACUGGAAGGAUGGGAGCAGACGGUGGAAGGAGAUGCUGCAGGUUUUCUGGGACUCACCUUUCUGCGUCUCCCCUGAGCCGACAAACCGUUGGGAAGCAGAACGGGAGCGCCUAGCGUUCAAUCGGCGAAUACCUUUCCGAGGAGCAAGCCCGUUCGGGAAUCAGAAGGGCUCAGCCUGCCUCCUGGGGCUGACGAUGGGAGACCUGGUGCAGCGGCUGGGGAGCGGCGAGCGGAUCCUUAAGACUGAGGAGGCACUGACGAGGGAGCUUGGAAAUAAAGACGCGGCGAAGCUGGCGCUGAAGGCCUUCGCAGCAGCGCCGGCUGAGUGGAGGAAUCUAAUUCUGGAAAAGCUGACGAGUGAGGAGGUGGUCGAGAAGGUUCCGCUGUUGCGCUGCCAGGGCAGGGCUCCUACAAAGCACACGAUGUGGAAGGUCAGCGGCACGGACGGAGACAAGGUGGUCGGAAAGCUAUGCGUAGAUAACGGUGAUGGUACGGUCACGGCAUGCGAAGGGGACAAUCUGUCGCUCAGUUUCAGACUGUAG